AUGAUGACAGCACCUCUGCCAAGUACGGACGGUGUGCGAGUAGCGGUGCGCGUGCGGCCUUUCAGUCAGAGAGAGAAGACUUCUGGGAGCAAAUGUGUGAUUUCCAUGCAUUCCAGGACCACCACAACCAUACAAGACCCUAAGAAUCCAGAACAUAGGAAGACAUUUAUUUUUGACCUGGCAUAUUGGUCUCACGAUGGAUUUCAAAAGGAUCAAGAUGGUGUGUUUAUUUCAGCUGAUCCUAGCAGUUAAUUUGCAAGCCAGAAGGAUGUUUUCCAUGAUCUCGGCAGGCAGAUUCUGGACAGCGCUUGGCAAGGCUAUAAUGCCACCCUCCUAGCCUAUGGCCAAACUGGCUCUGGAAAAAGCUAUUCCAUGGUUGGGUUUGGUGCAAACAAGGGUAUUAUUCCAAAUGUGUGCGAGGAGCUCUUUCAAGCAAUUGAGAAGCGGGAGGGAAAUGAAGAAUACCAGGUUACGUUCAGUAUGCUGGAAAUUUACAACGAGCAGAUAAGAGACUUGCUAUCUAGAACCAAGAAACCUGGGGGACUAAAAGUAAGGGAAGACCAACAGCUGGGCUUUUAUGUGGAUGGCCUGAAGUCAGUGCCCUGUGAGAACUAUGCACAGAUUGAAAGGCUGAUGGAACAAGGGACAAAAAUAAGGACCACAGCAUCGACCAACAUGAAUGCCAGCAGCAGCCGGUCUCAUAUGGUUAUCACCAUUCAGUUCAAGCAGGUUUUCCCAGACAGCGACCUCACCAAGCACUCCAGUAUUAAUUUGGUGGAUUUAGCAGGAAGUGAAAGGCAGAAAUCUUCAGGAUCUAAAGGAGACAGACUGAAGGAAGGAUCACGAGUUAACUUAAGUUUAACCAAUUUAGGAAAUGUUAUCAGUGCUCUGGCUGAUGCAGCCACGGGGAAGAGAGUCUUGCAUGUUCCCUACAGAGAUUCUUUUCUGACCAAACUGCUCCAGCCAGCUCUGGGCGGGAACAGCAGAAUGACUUUGAUAGCAGCCAUAAGCCCCGCUGACAUCUGCUAUGAAGAAACUUUGUCCACAUUAAGAUACGCUGAAAGGGCUAAAAAGAUCCAGAACAAAGCCGUGGUCAACACCUCGACGCUGAUGAGAGAGUCAAAGGCAGAGAACAACAAAAGCGGCCAGCCUACCCGCUGGCAGAACCAGGGCCCGGGGCCACAGACUGGCCAGCCGACCUGGGCGCACCAGCUGGAGCAGGCUCGGGAGGAGUGGCAUCACCAGUAUCUGGCCAUCACCCAGGAGCGGCAGAUGACCGAGACCUUCCCUCACCUUCUCAACGUCAACGAGGACCCACAGCUCACGGGUGUUCUCAAGUACUUCAUUCAGGCUGGUUUGUGUGAUGCUGGUCGGGCUGCGUCAAAUGCCAUCCUUCUUCAAGGUUUAGGAAUUUCAGAUAAACACGCUUCCUUCACCAAUCUGGAUGGGAAAGUGACGGUCAUGCCACACAGCAAAUGCAAAGUUGUCGUUAAUGGGGUGCCCAUCGUGACCAAGACGAAGCUGCAGCACCUGGACCGCAUUAUCUUGGGAUUCAACAGCGCCUACCUCUACAUUGGGUUUCCUUCAGAGAGAGGCAAUGAAGACUUGAACAGGUUUGACUAUGACUUUUUCCAGCUGGAGAGAGCGGCUGCAGAAGGAGUGAGCGUGGACAAGCUCGGGGCCGCAGGCCAUGGGGAGGGGAACGCAGACCCCAGCGUGCUGGCCGUGUUCCAGGACUAUGUCAAACUGAUGCCGCUGGUGGCAGAAGCGAAUCAGAUGGGCGAAGAGCUGGAGAAGGGACUCAGAAUGGAACUGAAGGUGAAGAAUUUAGCGUCGUCAGACUCUAGGGGCUAUGACCUACAGAAAGAGGUCAUGGUGAAAGUGACCCACCAAAGGACUCACGAGUCUCUUCAUCUGACCAGCGCCACAGUGGCCUCCUCUGAAUCUCCUGGGGUGAGGAGAGAGGGGAGACAUGUUCCAUCCCUUCACGUCACUGUAGCAAAGUCCCUCACCGCCGGGGAGGCUCGAGCAACAAAGCUUUAUCUCUCACAGCUCUGGAGGCUGGAAGCCCAAAAUCGUGGCACGGGCAGAUUUGCUAUCCAAGCAUGUGGUGAGGAGGAUGUAGUAUUUGACCCUUCAGAGUUGCUGGGCAAGAGGAUGGAUUUCCAGAUUGGCCUUGUGCAGUGCCUUGGCAUCAAGUGGCUCAAGGAAGGCGCAGAGCGGGGCAUUCAGAUGGGGUACAGAAUUUAUGAUCUUUCAAGCACUUUCUAUACUAAGCCUGUAUGGAAAAUUGUGAAUCCCCAAAUAGAAGAAACUGUCCAAUUUACAGCUUUAAAUGCAUCUCAGGAGUUUCUGAAUUAUUUACAAACAAAUGCUCUCAUUGUUGAUUUAUGGGGUCUUCAAGAAGGCUGCGCCCAACUGAGCUGCUCUCAGCCGGACCCCAUGGUCACAAGUGAAGGCCACAUCAUGGUGGACACCAAGAAAAUUUCCACAGUGAUGGAUACAGGCCAGACCACCUCAAGUCAGAUAUCAGAACUUUAUAUGAAGUUGCUCAAGUUAGAACAGGAGAUGGAACUGCUCAGAAACGUUAACAGAGCCUUGAGAGAGGAAAAUGUGCUGCUCAAACACUCACUUGAGAAAGCUGGUUCUGCUCAACAAGCACAGAAGCCUUCAGAUAGCGGGAAGGUCACUCAGACACCAGCACAACUCCCCGCAGCCAGAGAGAUUCAUCACACGUCCGCUCAGCAAGCCAGCUCUGACAGAGAGUUGGCCAAAGCUCUGAAGGUCUUCUACCAAAGCCUGAAUGCGGCAAGAGGACAGUUUCUCAGACUGAGACAUUAUAAACCUCCUGAAGACGAUGGAUUGCUUCGACCGUUUGUACACCAACAGUCACGGAGGUUAAAGGACUUUGGGGAGCUGCUCGAAUCCAGCUUGUGGAGACUGAAAAGCGAUGUUGCUUGUAUAGUGAAAGAAAAGAGAGCGUGUUCGCUGCAUCCUGGAUAG